UGUUAUUUGUGUAUAGUGUGAUUCUGACAUUAGUGGGCCUGGUAAUAUACGCCUACUUUGUAGAGAAACAGUGUGACCCUUAUCUAUCUGGGGCCAUUAGCAACUACAAUCAGCUGAUGCCGUACUUCGUCAUGAAGGUGUUCCACAACGUACCAGGACUUGCUGGCCUGUUCAUUGCUGCCUUAUUUAGUGGAUCUCUCAGCACACUGUCAUCGGGGAUCAACUCCAUGUCAGCCAACACACUUAAAGACAUUCUGCCUAAUGUUCUUCGUAAUGCACAGCAAUACAACCAGACAAUUGCCCAGACGACGUUUGGUGCAGUAGGAGGUCCAAUGGCAGGCAUAUUCUUCCUCGGGGCAGUAUUUCCACAGGCUAACUGGAUUGGUGCAUUCUCUGGAGGAAUGAUCGGUUUGGCCAUAAAUAUGUGGGUUGCUAUUGGUUCUGUGAUGUAUGGUGCCAAGGCAGUGCCGUCCCCUCGCGUCUCCAUCGAAGAUUGCUCCGUUCUGAAUUUCACGGGCAUCUUGAGCAAUCUUACUUCGACGAGCACACCGACCUUUGCAAAUACAACUUGGCUGUAUACAACGCAGAUGUCUAAGCAUAUAUAUGGUUCGCAGCUUGCCAUUUAUGACGUGUCCUAUGUUUACUUUGGGCUGAUUGGUACAAUUAUCACAAUUGUGAGUGGCAUCCUGAUUAGCAUUUGUACAGGUGAGUAG